CACCUCAUUGGUUGCCGCAGCGGGGCCCCGUGGAUUGGCUGCCCCAGCCCAGGGGCCCCCCGCGGUGUUACGCCUCCAAAGCUGCCGAGCGUCCCCAUUGGCUGGCGGCCGGCAUCGCCCUCUAGGCGGGAGAUUCGCGGGGCGCCAAGCUUCCGGUGACCAUGGAGCAGCUGCGGGACGUGCGGGAGAGGCUGCAGGACGUGCGGGAGCGGCUGCAGGCGUGGGAGCGCGCGUUUCGGCUGCAGAGCGGGCGGCGGCCGGGCAAGGAAGACGUGGAAGCGGCGCCCGAGGAGACCCGCGCUCUGUACCGAGAGUACCGCUCCCUGAAGAAAGCUCUGGGCCAGGCCGGCGGCGUCGAGCCUCACGGCUCGGGGCAGUCGCUUCCCGCGGCGGCCGAGCAGAUGUUGGAGCCCAGUUGCUGGGGGCACCACUUGAAUCGGGCUGCGACCCAGAGUCCCCAUCCUCCCUCAAGGUGGAGCCCUCAGGAGUCUGCGCAGGAUUAUGGAAAAAGGCUUAAGGCCAACCUAAAGGGCAGUCUGCAGGCUAGGUCAACCCUGGGCGGGAUACCCCGGCUUGCACAAAGAUCCUCCUCCAAGAUCCCUUCACCGGAGCCACCAGGCACAGCAGCUGCCCUCAUCUCUCCAGAAAAUGUCAAUGAAGUGCUCCCUCAGCCUCCCAGGCCCCAGCUGAGGCCAGGCCGGCUCCAGCAGCUGAGGGCAUCCCUGAGCCUGCGACUGGGCUCCCUUGACCCUGAUUGGCUGCAGCGGUGUCACAACAGGACCCCAGAUUUUCUGGAGGUUCCCAGGACCUGCCAGCCUGGCCUGGGUGCAGAGGAUUCACAGCUUCUGACUCCAGCUGUUGCGUCUGUCCUUAGCCCCAGCGCUGGUCCUGAGGUGCCUUUGCAGGGCCCAGAGGCUCCAGCCCUACCAGCAGCUGGUGUCAGUGCAGGGAAGUGUCAGCCUGUUGACCGUCAAGGCAAGAAGCGGAGACAGAGUGGGGAGCUGGAGGGAAGGCUUGCACAGACCCAGCAGGGCCCCGACCAAGCAGGAGCCCUGCCUGAGGGAGCUGGGGCUGCAGUGCCUGCAGAAGACUGUCCAGAUCAGCCUGUGAAGGCACAGCCCCCAGGCAGGACCCCAGCCUCCAGAUCUGCCAUCCAGUACAGGGGGAACUAUGUGCGGCUCAACAUGAAGCAGCGACGCUAUGUGCGGGGCUGGGCCCUGCGGGGCAGGCUCCUUCGCAAGCAGGCAUGGAAGCAGAAGUGGCAGAAAAAAGGAGAGUGUUUUGGGGGUGGUCAGCCCAGAGCCCCAGCCCAGGAUUCUUGCUUCCAGCGUGGGCAGCUCAGCCAAUGGGCGUCCCGAUGCCCUCAGCCCGAACCUCUCCUGGCCCCUCAGAAGGAUGUCAAGGUUGCGGAUGGUGCACAGACCCAGCCCACGUCACAGGAAGCGACCCUGAGGACAGGUGCGGCCUGCUGCCAAGGCUCUGCAGGUGAAGAAGACGCUGAGCCUGGGGCACCUGAGCUGCUGGUGCCCACGGGGCAGUCUGUGUCCAGAAUGCCCUGUCCACCUCUUUCCGUGCCUCCACUCUACCCACCGGGGCCCUCGGGUCAGGUGGCAGACACACCGGCUGAGGUGUUUCAGGCCCUGGAGCAACUGGGGCACCAUGCCUUCUACCCUGGGCAGGAGCGUGUGGUCAUGCGGGUCCUGUCUGGCAUGUCCACCCUGCUGGUGCUGCCCACGGGGGCUGGCAAGUCCCUGUGCUACCAGCUCCCAGCGCUGCUCUACUUCCAGCGAAGCCCCUGCCUCACCCUGGUCAUCUCUCCUCUCACGUCACUCAUGGAUGACCAGCUCUCUGGCCUGCCCCCCGGCUUGAAGGGAGCCUGCAUUCACUCAGGGAUGACCAAGAAGCAGAGGGACUCUGCCCUGCAGAAGGCUCGUGCGGCCCGCGUGCAGGUGCUGAUGCUGUCCCCAGAGGCGCUGGUUGGGGCCGGGGCCGGCACCCUCCUCUCUCAGCUGCCGCCGGUCGCCUUUGCCUGCCUCGAUGAGGCCCACUGCAUCUCUCAGUGGUCCCACAACUUCCGGCCCUGUUACUUGCGCGUCUGUCAGACGCUGCGGGACCAGAUGGGCGUCCACUGCUUCCUGGGCCUUACAGCCACGGCCACACGCAGCACUGCCCUCGACGUGGCCUGGCACCUGGGCGUGACCGAGGAGUCUGUGCUCAGAGGGCCAGCUACCAUUCCUGACAACCUGCACCUCUCCGUGUCCUCGGACAGGGACCCGGACCAGGCGCUGGUGACACUGCUGCAGAGUGACCGUUUCCGGGCUCAGGGCUCCAUCAUCAUCUAUUGCCACAGGCGAGAGGACACAGAGCGUGUCGCCGCCCUGCUGCGCACCUGCCUGCGCGAUGCCCAGCAUCCGGGGCCCCACGGCCGAGCGCUGGAGGCCGUGGCCGAGGCCUACCAUGCUGGCCUGUGCAGCCGAGAGCGGCGGCGGGUGCAGCAGGCCUUCAUGGAGGGCCGGCUGCGCAUGGUGGUGGCCACGGUGGCCUUCGGGAUGGGGCUGGACCGGCCAGACGUGCGGGCUGUGUUGCACCUGGGGCUGCCCUCCAGCUUUGAGACCUACGUGCAGGCAGUGGGCCGCGCAGGGCGUGACGGGCAGCCGGCACACUGCCACCUCUUCCUCCAGCCCCAGGGCCAGGACCUGCGGGAGCUAUGCAGACACGUGCACGCCAACACCGUGGAUUUCUUUGCUGUGAAGAGGCUGGUACAGCGCGUGUUCCCUCCCUGUGCUUGUGCCCGGAGGCCCCCAGAGCAGGAGGGCAGCAGGAGCAAGGAAGGGCACUUGGCCGGGGCCCCUGUAGCUGCGAGUGCCCAGGAUCCUGGCCAGCCCAGCGUCCCACACACACCCCGGUGCCCAGGCCACGAGCGGGUGCUCCCAGUGCAGCCAACCGUUCAGGCCCUGGACAUGCCAGAGGAGGCCAUUGAGACACUACUGUGCUACCUGGAGCUGCACCCACGGCGCUGGCUGAAGCUGCUGGCACCCACCUAUGCCCGCUGCCACCUGCGCUGGCCUGGGGGCCCCACCCAGCUCCAGGCCCUGGCCCGCAGGUGCCCUCCACUGGCUCUGUGCUUGGCCCAGCAGCACCCCGACACGAAGCGGGGAUGCAGUUCUGUGGAGUUAGAUCUGGUCGAGCUGGCGGACUCUACCGGCUGGGAGCUGGGCCCUGUGCGGCGAGCUCUCCUCCAGCUGCAGUGGGACCCAGAGCCCAGGACAGGUGUGCCCCAGGGCACUGGGGUGCUGGUGGAGUUCAGGGAGACGGCUUUCCGCCUGCACAGCCCAGGGGACCUGACGGCCCAGGAGAGGGACCAGAUCUGCGACUUUCUGCACAGCCGUGUGCAGGCCCGAGAGCGAGAGGCCCUGGUCCACCUGCACCACACCUUCCGGGCUUUUCACAGCGUGGCCUUCCCCAGCUGUGGGCCAUGCCUGGAGCAGCCCGCCUGGGAGCGCAGCAGCAGGCUCAAGGCCUUGCUCAGUCACUACUUUGAAGAAGAGUCAGAACAGCCAGGGGGCCUGGAGACAGAGGAUGACCCCGAGCUGGGACAGGACAGGCUCCAGGACUGGGAAGACCAGAUCCGCCGGGACAUCCGCCAGCUCCUGUCCUCCUGGCCAGAGCAGCGGUUCUCAGGCAGGGCUGUGGCCCGCAUCUUCCACGGCAUCGGGAGUCCCUGCUAUCCGGCCCAGGUGUUUGGGCGGGACCGGCGCUUCUGGAGGAAGUACCUGCACCUGAGCUUCCCUGCCCUCAUGCACCUGGCUACGCAGGAGCUCCUGCUGUGGGGCCGUUGACCACCCUGCUGCAGAGGACCCAGUGCCCCCGUGUCCCAGACAGGGGCCUAAGCAGGGCUGCAAGGCCACAGCGUGGGGGUGUCGGGUGUAGUGGGUCCUCAGGGUAAAGAUGGAGGGGGAUGCAGUGAUCAGGACAGUGGCCCACUACCCUGAACACAGCCCACCACCAGGAGCACGGGGGCAGAGAGGCCCCAAAGUGCAGAAUAAAAGUUGCUCGAGUUGU